AUGAUCUUUGACUUAAAUCAGAAUCUCCUGUGGACUGGGAAUGGCUGCGGUCGGGUAACUUCUUUCUACGGUAAUGAACUACGGCGCUACACUUCUCUCAAGGCCCACAAGACUGGUGCGGUUCACCAACUUCUGGUCAAUGAGAAGGGCGUGAUCGCGCUUGGUUCCAACUAUAUCCAUAUGGCCAACCGCACUGGUCCUCCUAUUUGGCAUUUAGAGUCCCAAGAGUUUCAUGACUUGCGAUGCAUGAGCUUCACCUCUAAAGGCGCCUCGGAGAUAUUGGUAGCAGGUUGGCAAGACACGAUGUUCAUUGUUGAUCUUGCUAGAGGCGAGAUCACCAAACGGAUUCCAACCGAGAGUCAUUAUUCCAUCAUGAAGCGUAGUAGGUAUAUCUGCGCUGCGACAAAAUCAGGCUCUGUGAAUCUCCUUGACCCCACGUCGAUGGCAGUUGUUAAGACCUGGCUCGCACACUCGGCUAUGAUCAACAAUAUGGAUGCGCAGCAUGAUUUUAUAGUCACCUGCGGCUAUUCACUUAGAGGGGGCCAAAACUACAUGCUCGAUCCAUUUCUGAAUGUCUUCGAUAUCAAGAAGAUGUCAUCUACCCCCCCGAUCCCCUUUCCAGCUGGCGCCGCCUUCGUCCGGAUGCAUCCUCGAAUGUCAACGACGAGUAUCGUAAUUUCCCAGCAGGGUCAGAUGCACGUUUUAGACCUUGUGAAUCCAAAUACCAGCAAUGUCCGUCAAGCGAAUGUCCUUAGCUUCCUCAGCAUGUUCGACAUUGCGCCAUCUGGAGAAGCCAUCGCUCUAGCCGACUUAGAAGGCAAUAUACAACUUUGGGGCUCACCCUCCAAAGUCCGUUUCGUCGACUACCCUGUACCGACCGUCUUUGCAGAUCCGGUCGAGGUCCCUCAGAUCGACUGGAACGUCAAUACACCCCUGAACUCUAUCGGAAUGCCUUAUUACCGCGAGGCUCUCCUUUCAGCAUGGCCUACAACUAUAUCGGAUGUCGGAGCACCUCCAGUAAAGUUCGAUCCCCAGUUCCUUGAUACCCUCUCUCAUGCAGAUUUUGGGCUAUAUGGCCGUAAUACAAGGGGUCUGCGCCGAAACCAGGUCGAGAAAACGAGAAAAGCAGAAAAGACCCCGGCGUCUGGAAUACAGGCGCCCAAGUUCUUGAGCGAGAAAGCUCGAGAAUCUGCCAAAGCCAUAUCCGGCACGGAAUCUGAGAAGCGUGCGGAAGAUAUUACAACCACUUUCGCCAAUGCACCGGACUCCGACGUGCCAGCGUGGUACCGUAACGUAGAGAUCAAAUACAGCAAGUUCGGGGUGGAUGACUUUGAUUUUGGAUUCUACAACAAGACCCCUUACUCCGGUCUGGAGAUCCAUAUCGCCAAUUCCUACGCAAACCCGCUGCUGCAGCUUCUACACUUCACCCCCGUGGUUCGGAAUUUAGCGCUUCACCAUGCCUCGACUUCUUGCAUUGACGAGAACUGUCUCCUCUGCGAGAUAGGCUUUCUCUUUGACAUGCUCCAGAAAGCUGAAGGCUCGAUCUGCCAAGCGACUAAUAUGCUGAAGACAUUAAACAAGAUGGUUCAGGAUUUCCGCUCAGUUCCCCCAAAGAGCGUAUCCGCAACCCUAGAGCAGGUCCUUGCAACAGAGGCCACGAGUCACAUCAAAUGUACUAAGUGCGGAAACGAAUAUACUCGGCCCGGCUCUACGUUUGUGAAUGAUUUGAUGUAUCCCCCUAUGCCCAAAAUUUUGACUCGCAACCAAAAGCCCACUAAACACACAUUCUCCCAAGUCCUUAAGACGAGCAUCGGGAGGGAAACGACGUCAAAGGGCUGGUGUAAUCGCUGUCAGAGAUAUCAAAACCUAUCGACCCGGAAGACGAUCCGCCAAGCCCCCUCGGUCCUUGUUCUAAACACGUGCAUAAGAGACGCAAGGGACAGCGAACAUAGCCAGCUAUGGUGCACGCCAGGUUGGGUCCCAGACGAGAUUGGCGUUAUUGUCGAUCAGGGCGAGUUUUUCUGUUACGAAGGCGAAGAUCUCAAAUUGCACCUCCAACGCGGUUUCCAUGACAUUCAAGUCUAUUCUCUAAUCGGUAUAGCUGCCAAUAUCGCGGACGCCCAGGGCCAAAACCCACAUCUAGUAGCUGUUGUUGACGUUCAACCUAUUUCCAAAGAGGAGGCGCUUCGGUUUGCGCCAUGGAAAAUGCCAUGUGUCUUGGCGUUCCAGCGUAAGGAGGAAAACAAUAAGAUGGACAAUUCCUGGAAAGAUAAUCUGGACACCAGUCUGCUUUAUCGCGGACCAGGUCCUAAUGUUCGUGGAAGCGAUCUCUCUCGUCCUCUUGACCCAGAGUCGGAGCAUCCUGCAGCGAACACCAUCAUCGCACUUGAUACCGAAUUCGUUGCGGUUCGGCAACCUGAGAUUGAGGUAAACUCGGAUGGAGAACGGGAGACUAUCCGGCCUAUAGUUUAUGCACUCGCACGUGUAUCGGUGGUCCGCGGACAGGGUGAAGAUGAGGGGCUUCCCUUCAUUGAUGAUUACAUUUCGGUAAAGGAGCCUAUUGUAGACUACCUGACAUCCUACUCGGGUAUCACACGCGCCGACUUAGAUCCUCGGCUGUCCAAGCGUAACCUUGUCUCCCUCAAGGUGGCAUACAAGAAGCUCUGGAUCCUUCUCAAUCUCGGAUGCCAGUUCCUCGGCCACGGCCUCAAACAGGACUUCCGUGUCAUCAACAUUCACAUCCCCAGGGUCCAAGUCAUCGACACAAUCGAGAUGUUUUACCUCAAGUCACGCUUACGCAAGUUGUCGCUCGCCUUCCUCGCUUGGUGUCUACUUAAGGAGGACAUCCAGCUGGAGACGCACGAUUCCAUCGAGGAUGCCCGGACGGCCCUUAAAUUAUACCGCAAAUUCCUCGAGUUCCAGGAUGCCGGUAUUCUCGAGACCAUGCUGCAGGAUAUCUACCGCACUGGUCGUGAGGUCAACUUUAAGCCGCCGCGCCGGGAUGGUCAGGACCUCCAACGAAUGGAAACCCCGCCCCUCCCCGCAGAAGGUAACGGCGCGGCGCCAUCCACUCCAGUUAGGGGCGGACUUGCUGCGGGCAAUGCGGCGGCGGGCUCCAGUACAGGACACGGUGGUGUAGUAGGAUUCGGAGCAAGGUCGGGUUGGACACCCGGCAAGGGGUCACCAUUCCGAGGAUAG